UACUUAUUGGUCAAGCAAAACAAUCAUUUGAUAAUAAUGAUUUUCCAAAAGCUGAAAGCUAUCUUUUACAAGCUCAACGACCUGAUCUUGCUGUUAAAUUAUAUAAAGAUAAUGGUUUAACUCAAGAUGCCUUACGUGUAUGUCAAGAAUAUAUGCCAAAUAAACUUGAUGAUUUACGUGAAGAAUUAGCGCGUGGUGUAGGAACGAGACCUGGUUCAGGACAUCGACCAACAACAUCAUAUAAUAAUGAUGGUAUUCUUGAACAAGCUGCUCGAUAUGAAGCUCAAGGUGAAUAUCAACGUGCUGUUGAUUUAUAUUUACGUUUAAUGCCUCAACAAGAUAUACCAAAAGAAACACUUGUUAAAGCUUAUUUAAAAGCAAGUGAUUUAGCAAGAAAAUUUCUACCUGAAACAAAAGCUCAACAUGUUAUACGAACAAUUGGUCCACGUCUUGUACAACUUGGAAAUCCAAAUCAAGCUGCUGAACAAUAUUUACAUGUUGAAUUACAUAAAGAAGCUGUUGAAGCAUUUAUUGCUGGUAAACAAUGGGAAAAAGCAAAAAAAUUAGCAUUAGAAAUUGAUCCACAAUUAGCUAAACAUGUUGAUAAUCUCUAUAAGAAACAUUUGAAAGAACGUGGUGAUGCUAAAGAAUUAAUUAAUGUUGAUGUAACAGCUGCAUUAGAUUUAUUUGUUGAAAAAAAUCAAUGGGAAGAAUGUUUUGUUGAAGCACAAAAACAUGGUCCAUUAGUUUUACAUGGUUAUUUAGCAAAAUAUGCUGCACAAAUGAUACAAGCAAAUCGUGCUGAAUUAGCUGCUAAUGUUUAUAAACAAUAUGGAGCUAUAGCUAUACCACAAAAUUUAAGAAUUUAUAAAGCAUUAUUCUAUCGUAUGUUAAGAAUUGAUUCAUUAAAACCUGAGAAUUAUUCAAAAUGGGCUGAUGUGCGUGAUGUUUUACAUGAUGUUUUUGAAAAUAUGAAUUCAUCAGCAUCAGGAUCAGCAGGUGGUAUACAAAAAGAAAUUGAAGAACAACGACCAACAUUUGAAAUUCUUCUUUGGGUUGCUCAUAUGAAUGCAAUGCGUGCAGCAUGUUCAGAACACGAACAACUUGAUAUAAUAACAGCAAAACUUUCAAUAUCACUUCUUCGUCAUUCAGAUAUUUUACCAGUUGAUCGAGCAUUUUAUGAAGCUGGUAUAAUGUGUCGAAAAGUUGGUUGGAAUGAAAUGUCAAUGGUAUUUCUUAAUCGUUAUUUGGAUGUUGUUGAUGCUAUUGAAGAACAUAAUCCUGAAAUGUUAGCAACAUCAGAUUUUGUUGAAACAGAUGUACCAUAUGAAAUUGAAUUACCUGAACAACCAUUUUUACCACCUGAACAACAUGAAAAAAUUAGAGAACAUGUUUUAACACUUUCAAUGAAACAAGCAGUGAGUUUAAACUUAC